AUGAUGCAAGUAAAAAAAGAAAACAGCACAGCAGAAGACAAAUAAAAAUCUGCUUUUUUGCACAUACAUCAUCUUAUGCUGUCUGAGGAAAAAUAACAGUUUUAAUUGGUCACUUAAACUUCAAAUCAUCUCCCAAAUCCUCUGCUCUUUAGCGAUUUUCUCUUUCUCCCAAUCAUUUUAGCUGCCCAUCUUAUCUUUUCUUGCACUAGCCCAGUUGUCAUAUAGGUAAUUAAUAAUGAAGGGCAUCACUGCUUUACACUCAUGAGCAGAAACAAGAAAAGGAAACAAGUUUCAUUACGAUUUCCUCUACUCUCUGCAUAAUACAGUAUUUUCACCUUAAGUUCUCUGUUGAUCUUUCUCUCUCCACUUCAAGUUCUGUUCAAAACUGACGGAGGGGAAGAGAAAGAAACAGAGUAUAGUAGAUACUUUAACGGAGGUUGUGAGAGUUUACAUAGAGCUGUUCUGGUUGGUAUUUAUGAUAUUUGCUUCGCAAAGCCAUUACAUGAAGAUUCACCAUCUGGGUCUUGAAAAUGGAACCUUUACAGAAACCCCAUGUUGUUGAUGUUGUUGUUGAUGUUGAUGAUGCUGAUGUAGAGAAAAGUAGUCACCAUCACCAGUCAGAUCAUGAAGAGCAAAAAAGCUCUUCAAGUGAGUCUGGCUCUAGCAGUGAAAUUGUAAAGGAAAGCAGAUCCUCUGUGUCUGGGGUGGAUCUGGACUGUGGGGUGCCCGAUAUUAAGGUACAUUUGGCAAAGGUUGAAAGAGAUUGCAGGAUUUGUCAUCUGAGCUUGGAUGCUAGUAAUCAGGAUUCUGGUUUGCCUAUUGAGUUGGGUUGUUCGUGCAAGGAUGAUUUGGCUGCAGCUCACAACCAGUGUGCAGAAGCCUGGUUCAAGAUUAAGGGAAACAAAACCUGUGAGAUCUGUGGAUCAAUUGCACGAAAUGUAGCCAGUCCAAAUGAGGUUGAGUUGGUAGAGCAGUGGAAUGAAGUGAACGAAAUUGCAGUAGCAGCUGCAGCUCCGUCAGUGCACACGACUGAAACCCGGAACUUCUGGCAGGGCCAUCGAUUCCUGAAUUUCUUGCUAGCAUGUAUGGUGUUUGCCUUUGUCAUCUCUUGGCUCUUUCACUUCAAUGUACCCUCAUAAUUCUAUGAUAAGCAUUGUAAUCCUUCUUGGAUUGAUGAUUGAAAAGAUGACAGGAACCUUAGCUCCUAGCUUAUGCAGGUACCAGCUCUAUACCAAUUGGAGCUUAAUGUGUCCUUAAAAUGUCAUUGAUUCUCCAAUCUAUGUGAUGUUUAUAUUAGUAUUAGAGAUUGAACAUGACUUUUCUAUAAUCUGUCCUAUGUUAAUGGUUAUUGGAUUUACACAAUCAAGAAGAAUAUCAUGUACUGUUGGAACUUUUGCUUUUU